AUGUCAGCGGCCGGUCCAUCGCCCGACGCCGAUGCCGCCCCGGCUUCUGUCAGCUCCGGUCCCGAAUCCGGCUCUGUUUCCAAUCCUCCGGACUCGAUGUCGACGAAAGAAGCAGCCACAAGCACCAGACCCCUGUCUCUGCUUUCAUCGGAGCCGGGCCUGUCCAGUGCCACCGCCACCGUCACCGGCACCAUUGACAGCCUGAGCUCGACUGCUGCCAACAGCCAGGCCACACGUCCUUCCACCGCCUCAGCUGCCGAUGCUGGCGCUGCCAACCGGACGCCUCAAUCGGCCUCUACUUCCCAGCCGUCACGGUCACGCAGCCGCGUACAGCGGCGCUUCAGCGGCAGCACCGCCCCCAGCAGCCACAGCCCGAGCAGCGACCGCAACUAUGUCCACAAGAAGGAGGAGGCUCGUCCUGCUCCGUUGGGCGUCAUUGGCGUCUGCGCCCUCGACGCAAAGGCUCGCAGCAAGCCCAGUCGCAACAUCCUUAACCGCCUGAUCGCCAAGAAGGAGUUUGACGUCGUCGUCUUUGGCGAUAAGGUCAUUCUCGACGAGGAGGUUGAAAACUGGCCAAUAUGCGACUACCUCAUCUCCUUCUAUUCCGACGGCUUUCCGCUCGACAAGGCUGUCGCCUAUGUCAAGGCCCGCCGGCCCUUUUGCGUUAAUGACGUACCGUUGCAGAAGAUCCUCUGGGACCGCCGUGCCUGUCUCCGUCUGCUCGACAAGAUCGGCGUGCCCACGGCCCAGCGCAUUGAGGUGACCCGAGACGGCGGCCCCAGCGUUCUCGGCCCCGACAUCACUCGCCACAUCCGCGACCUCAGCGGCGUCGUCAUCGAGCCGACGGAUCCCAGCAACGCCCAGCUGCCGCCGACCAAGAUCGAGCUGCUGGACGAUGGCGACGCGCUCUGUGUCGACGGCAAGAUCAUCCGGAAGCCCUUUGUUGAAAAACCCAUCAGCGGCGAAGACCACAACAUCAUCAUCUACUUUGCCAAUGCGACCGGCGGUGGCGCCCGCAAGCUCUUCCGCAAGAUCGGCAACAAGAGCUCCGAAUACGUUGCCGAGCUGAGCAUUCCACGGGCCAUCACCCAUCCGACCGAGAGCUACAUCUACGAAAAGUUUAUGCGCGUCGAGAACGCCGAGGAUGUCAAGGCUUACACCGUCGGGCCCAACUACUGCCAUGCCGAGACCCGCAAGUCGCCCGUCGUCGAUGGCAUUGUCCGCCGCAACACCCACGGCAAGGAGAUCCGCUACGUCACGGCCCUGAACAACGAGGAGAAGGAGAUUGCGAGCAAGAUUUCCACUGCUUUCGGCCAGCGCGUCUGUGGUUUCGACCUGCUUCGUGCCGGUGGAAAAAGCUAUGUCAUCGAUGUCAAUGGCUGGAGCUUUGUCAAGGACAAUAACGAGUACUAUGACCAGUCGGCCAACAUCCUCAAGGAGAUGUUUAUCAAGGAGAAGAUGCGCAAGGCCGCCAUUGCUGCCGCCGCCGCCGCUGCCGCCGCUGCUGCUGCCAUCGCUGCUGAGGCUCCAGCCCCUGCCGCUGUCCCUGCAGCUGCCGGCACCAAUGGCUCCCCGCCUGCUGCCGGUAUGGUCACGACACCGCCUACGAUAUCGCCGGCAAAGUUCGACAGCGAGCCUUUGACUGCCGCGCAGAGGGCCCUCCAGCAGAAUCUUGACAAAGACAAUGAAAAAGUACUGUCUAGAUCUGGGACAGUAGAUUUCAACAGCGAGGGGACACAGCAGAAACCAGAGCCACAGCCCCAGCAAACCCAGCCACAACCACAGGAGAUACACGAACAAGCAAAGCCCAUUCACAUCCUUAACAGUGCAGCUGACGAUAUCGUCCAGACUGCAGAUGUAUUUAUGCCUAAGCCCAAGCGCUCUCCAUCAAGCUCCACCACAGCCGCUGCAUCUCUUCCCAUUCCUGUGCCUGCUCAAGCCGCAGCCAACAGUGGUGCCGAGUUUUCCACCAGCGGAUCAUCUACAGCCGCGCCGCCCAUCUCUCUCGCCGACGUCGAUGACCCGGAGGAGCCGCCACCGCCUCCUCCGGCCCACUCAUGGAAACUCAAGGGGGUUGUGUCUGUCAUUCGCCAUGCCGACCGCACGCCGAAGCAGAAGUACAAGUUCACCUUUCAUACCGAUCCAUUCAUCGAGCUCCUCAAGGGCCACCAGGAAGAGGUCCUGUUGAUUGGCGAUGCAGCUCUGGCAAGUGUAGCCAAUGCGGUCGAUACUGCUAUCACGGCUGGAAUCGAAGAUCGUGGCAAACUUCUGGCCCUACGCAACGUGCUCGUCAAAAAGGGUUCCUGGCCGGGCACAAAGGUUCAGAUCAAGCCCAUGUUUCGGAAGAAGAAGACUACCGAGGACACCUCCUUUCCCCCCCUUGAAGAGCAGAUUGCGACAGACGCUGCCACGAUAGCCGCUGCCGCAGCCGCUGCUACUGUAGGGACAGUGUCGAGCGACCAGAACGCUAUCAAGGACGACGAGGUUCCCACGAGACUGCCACCACGGAGGCACGACUCCCUUUCCGGGGUGACCAUGUCCAAGUUCACGGCCGCCGAGAAUAGCCUGGUUCUCGACAAGCUCCAGCUGAUUGUGAAAUGGGGAGGCGAACCCACGCAUUCGGCCCGCUAUCAGGCGCAGGAACUGGGCGAGAAUAUGCGCAACGACUUCCUGCUGCUCAAUCGCGACAUUCUCGACGACGUCCACGUCUUCAGCAGCUCGGAACGCCGUGUCACUACGAGCGCACAGAUCUGGGCGUCUGCUUUUCUGGGCGAGAAGGAUCUGCCGUCCGACUUUAUCACCAUCCGCAAAAGUCUCCUGGACGACUCGAAUGCCGCCAAGGAUGAGAUGGACAAGGUGAAAAAGAAGCUGAAGAACUUGCUGCGCAAAGACAACGAGCGGCCGCCACAGUUUGCCUGGCCCGACAACAUGCCGGAACCGUCAGAGGUGCAGACGCGUGUCGUGCAGUUGAUGAACUUCCACCGUCGCGUCUUACAGUACAACUACAGCAAACUGUACGGCACGAGCAACGGCAGCGCAAGCGCCCCGGGCCUCAGUCCCAGCCUCUCCAAGAGCUCGAGCUUCGAGAAGGCGGGAGCUGGUGCAGGCACUGCUACACCGGGGACCGACAAUAGUACCAUCACCACGGAGGGAGCAGCAGGAUCAGGCGAGACAAGCGGCCUUUCGGCUUCCAGCUCGAUCGCCCAGGCAAACACGGUUAAUGGCAUACAGUCCCGCUGGUGCUCUGGCGAAGAUGCCGAACUGUUCCGUGAGCGCUGGGAGAAGCUGUUUGCCGAGUUUUGUGACCUCGAAAAGGUCGACCCCAGCAAGAUAUCGGAGCUGUACGACACCAUGAAGUUCGACGCCCUGCACAACCGCGCAUUUCUCGAGUGGGUCUUCACGCCGCCCAAACACAUGCUCGAGGAGGAGGAUUGGGCUGGCGCGCUUGGCAGCAGCGGCAAGCCAUCGGGCCACAAGGAUACAGUGGCGUCGACAUCCCCGCCGACUGGCCUGCCAUCGCUUUCGCCUGUCUCGGCCACGACCUUGACACCGAAAGCCACAUUGACGGUCGAAGAGCGCAGGUCCUUUGAGGAUAUUCGACUGUCAACAGCCUCCGUUCCGCCAGGCAAGGCCGUGUUCGACGACAAGGACGGCAGCAUCUUGGACAAGGACCCGCAAGUCAAAGAUAGCAGGUCGGACUCGAGCAGCCACCGGGCCUCUGUCAGGCGCAUCUUCCGUCGUCGGUCUUGGAUGGCAGGGCUUCGUCAUGCGGCAAACGAGCCUCCGCUGGCCGAGCAGUACUUCCACCUCUACAAGGGCACCAACAGCCCGACAAAGGCCAAGACCGAUGCCCGCUUCGAGCCGCUUCGCGAGCUGUACCAGCUGGCCAAGGUGCUCUUCGACUUCAUCUGCCCCCAGGAAUACGGAAUCUCGGACAGUGAGAAGUUAGAGAUCGGGCUGUUGACGUCGCUGCCGCUACUCAAGGAGCUGGUACAAGACCUCGAAGACAUGCAGGCGUCCGACGAGGUCAAGUCGUUCUUUUACUUCACCAAGGAGUCCCACAUUUACACGCUGCUCAACUGCAUCCUCGAGGGCGGAAUCGAGACGAAGAUCACGCGAGCCACCAUUCCCGAGCUCGACUACCUGUCGCAGAUCUGUUUCGAGCUCUACGAAUCCGAGACGAGCAACCCGGCCGUGAAGAAGGGGCAGCAUGAGAAGGACGAUGGACACGGACACGGCAACGACAGCGACAGUGCCGUAGAAACAUCCAUCUACCAGUACAGCAUCCGCAUCACCAUCAGUCCUGGCUGCCACGUCUAUGAUCCGCUCGAUGUGCAGCUUGACAGCCGUCAUUGCAUCAGCUGUGCACCGCGUCGCAGCCUGACGGCCCACAUUGACUGGAAGACGGUCAUUGAGACCUUGCGCAGCCGUUUUCACGAGGUCAAACUGCCAAAGUCGUUCUUAGCAGUCAACCUGUCGGAUGCGUUUACCUUCCAGGAGAAACAGGCCAGUGAUGGCGAAGGACAGGGGCUGGAAAUGAAGCCUCUCGUGAAGGAGAGCAAGGCAGCAGGCGCCGAAAAGGCCGGCUCGGAAGCUGAAGCCGGUGCCAGUGGAGCUGGUAAGACUGGCUGA